GCAAAAGCAGAGCUGCUUGUUUUACCUCCUACUUGACGGACAGAUCACGAUGGAUAGCUGUUGAUGCACUUUUCCAUAGUCCCAAACUGGAGCUCAUGAUGAAGUCGAAGAGCUUCAACUGUUUGUAUACCUCCUAUAAUUGCCGCGCCGUCCCGUGAAGCCCUUCGUCUGUACUCCGUCACUUCGUCUUCUCCGACGGAAGAAGCAUGAAGCUGCUACUACUAUAUAGACGGCCGGUCUUUCUGACCUGGCGAGUUUCUAGCCAUGGAAGGGGAAUAUCAACAUCCCGCCUCCCCACCAGCUCACGAAUCCCUCCACGACUCAGUCCACAACAAUCGCUCCUCCAUCGCUCCAUCGCCACGAACGCAACGGCCCUAAACAAACACGCACAGCAAUCCUCGCCCUCGAACGAAGAAGAGGAACAAUCCUCUCCGUCCCUCUCAGACCAAGUCCGCUUCCUCAUGCGCCAGGUCCCGCACCCUGUCGCCAUCAUCACCGCAACAGACCCCAACAGCCCAACAGCAAACGAAGCAUAUCGCGGAAUGACCGUCUCGUCCUUCAACACUGUGACUCUCUAUCCAGAACCCGUCAUUUCAUUUAACGUGAAACGACCCUCGGAGACGCUCCACGCCCUCCAGACCUCGGGCCAUUUCCACGUACAUUUGCUCGCGCCGAGCGAAGCGACUGCGAAACUCGCGCGCGAUUUCUCAAGAGGGAAUAAUAACUUACAGAUCGUGAAGGGUGAGGGAAGGUUUGAAUUCUUCUCAGAUUCGGGUUCCGAGACGACGGGUCAGGGGCGGGGCCCUCCAGUGCUGCAGAGGAGGAGAAAGGAUAAUAGCAAUAAAGAUGAGAAUGACUCAGCCAUCAUCGACUUCCCGUUUAUAUUCGAAUGCCGCGCUCAUCCCCAGAAGAUCGAAGUGUAUGACCAUACCAUCGUGCUGGGGACCGUGGUGCGCACCCUUCGACAUCCUGCUGCUGGACGACGGGGAGGUAUAAGUGGAAAUGCGAGAGAUGAUGACGAUCCGCAUUCAAAGGAGGAUCUCUGCUUGACGUAUGCGGAUACCAGGUUUUGGAAGAUGGGUGAGGUCGUAUAGUCAAUAGGUUAGGGUCAUUGGCUCGUUUUACCUUUAUGCAAGAGAUACCAUGGUUUUUAUGUACAGUACAAUAUUUGCGGAAUGGAAAAAGUCCAAUGUCAAUGUUACAAGCUUCAAUCGCUGGGUUGGUCCAGCUAUUCUUGGACUAUCCUUAUAGUGUGGACAAUAUAAUAUAGAGGUU